AUGAAACAGACACGUCGUCUAUUGGGAAAAAAAGAGUCUCGCCCUCAUAUUGAUAAUUGCUGUGUCUAUAAGACGCCGAUCAAACUUACUGCCGGAAAUCUCUUUGAGUCGUCUCUGCAGAAUACUUUCGACAUUAAUUUACGGAAUUCCAAAUGGAUAGAACACAUCAGCUAUAUCAUGCACACAUUGGGAUUGUAUUCGGCUGAAUCUGAAGAAGAAAAAUUUCGAGAAAUCCCGAAGAAAUGGACGAGAUUUUUUAGAAGAUUCCUCAGAAUGGUUUCUGUUCUUCAACCUAAUAUUGCAAAUUUUUAA